UUCAUGAAUCCGCCAGAGGGCGUUUCGCCUUAGGCGAAUUUCUCUUCUUUCACGCUUUUCCGUUCACUGACAUAACUAUUUCGUUGAUGGCGGACGGUUAUAUCCUUUUCCUGAAGUGAGUAGAAGCGUGGAUAGGUGACUUAAUUACCUUCAAGAUUGUUCCUGGCUCAAAUUUAAGGUUGAUAAGAUCGCGGUUAUUUGAAAGAAUCAGUUGAAAAGUGAUGUCUCAACCCGAAACAUUCAGCCAAUCAAGUAAUGCGUCUCAUGGAAAUGGCGAUGCACAGCAAUCUUUGGACUCAUUCUGGGACAGAGCACUUGAAGAAAUUACAAAGCUUAGCAUUAACGAUUUUAAAAGUCAAGAACUCCCUUUAGCUAGAAUUAAAAAGAUAAUGAAGCUUGAUGAAGAUGUUAAGAUGAUCAGUGCUGAAGCCCCUGUUUUAUUUGCUAAGGCUGCAGAAGUGUUCAUUACAGAGUUAUCUUUACGAGCUUGGGUGCACACAGAAGACAAUAAAAGACGAACUUUACAAAGAAAUGAUAUUGCAAUGGCAAUCACAAAAUACGAUCAAUUCGACUUCUUGAUAGACAUAGUUCCCAGGGAGGACAUUAAGCCACCCAAAAGACAAGAAGAUAAUAUCAGAACAGCUGCAAUGCACCCAGACCAAGUUCAAUAUUACUUUCAGUUAGCUCAACAACACCAAGCUGCACUACAGCAACAGACACCUGCUCAACAGGGUCAACAGGCACAGAUACAACAGGCCACCCCUCAACAAAUUCAACUUGUACAAGCUGGUGCAGCUGUUCAGCAAGUUGCUGCUACAACGCAAGCCCUCUCUGUUCAAACUGCGUCACCCACAUUUUCAGUUCCAUCCGUUUUACAAGUUCAAGCUGUAUCAAAUGAAACAGCACAACAGGCUCAAGCCGCACAGGUACAGGUGCAAGUUCAGAAUGCACAACAGUCCCAAGCACAGCAGGUUUUGCAGCUUCAACAUUCUAUGGCGGGACAAGUAAAUCAAGCUGGAGGUGGUAUUCAGAUUGUGCAGCAAGUUGUUAACAGUAAUGGGGAAAUACAACAAAUACCUAUCCAACUCAGUCCGAAUAAUCAACUUCAAUUCAUAAGAAUGCCUUGUCAAGGACAAAGUACAAACCAACCUAUUAUAAUUCAUGCUGCUCCAGUACAACAGAAUGCACAAGUCCAACAGACAGCUACUCAGGUGAGUGCCGAGAAUAUGUGGAAUGGGGUCGAAUCACACGAACCCCAACAAUUUAGUCAGGGUAUGUUUCAACAAGCUAAUCAACAUCUUGCACAGCAACAACAAGCCCAGGUUGGUUUUGUUAUUAAAUAGCAUACCUUCUAUAUGAGUUCUGGUAAAAACUGUUUACCAAAUACAGCAAGUUGCUCAGGCCUCUGGACAAGUGGCCACAACAGCUACCCCAGUCUUUUUGACCCAAGCACCAGGUGCAGGCGGUGCUGCUACGGUUCAAAUUCAGACUGUGACAGCAGACCAACAUUCAUCCACAGAUGAAGAACAACAGCAAUAACUGACUUUUUAAUCUUAAUCUACUUUGUACAUAAUAAAACUUCAGAUGUGAUUUUUUCUUUUUUAGUCAUUAAUAAAAUUGAUUUAAUAUAUCUA